GGCAGGACAAGGAGGGGAGCCGUAAAGCGUUUUGGACUGGAGGAGGUCAUUAGAAAGUGAGGAGUAAGUACGGGCUACACAGAGGAUAUAUCUGAUGCCGGUGUAAGACAAACACAUAAUUCAACAGCUCUGUUUUAGUGUUUUCAACCGCUCCGACAUGCUCCGUCUCAUCCUGCGGCUCAGGCCGUCCUCCAGGCUGCACUGUCCCCGUGCCCUCCUCGUCGGGCCUGCUUCGCUCAGCACCCGCUCCGUGCCCGGGACCGGUUCUCUGAAGCGGCUUCACUGCGGAGCGGGGUCCCGGUCAGCGUGUGUGGGCUCCGGCUUCAGCCACAGGGCGACUCUGCUGCGGUGUCACCAACUGAAAGGCAGCUAUCAGGGCCAACGUUUCUACAGCCUGCCGCCGCACGUGAAGGUGGAGCUUCCUGCGCUGUCCCCCACCAUGCAGACGGGAACGAUAGCACGCUGGGAAAAGAAGGAGGGAGAGAAAAUCAGCGAGGGCGAACUUAUAGCUGAGGUGGAGACUGACAAGGCCACUGUUGGUUUUGAGAUACUGGAGGAGUGCUAUCUGGCAAAGAUCCUGGUUCCUGAAGGGACCAGAGAUGUCCUCAUUGGAGCUGUGAUCUGCAUCACGGUUGACAGCCCUGACCUCAUCUCAGCCUUUAAAGACGUAACGUUGGAGUCUCUUCAAGCAGCCGGUGCCGGUCCUUCCCCGGUGGCCUCCACUCCUCCUCCUGCUGCUCCUCCUGCUGCUGCUGCAGCCCCGGGCAGCUCUUACCCCCCACACAUGAAGGUCACACUUCCUGCCCUCUCUCCCACAAUGACGAUGGGAACAGUGCAGCGCUGGGAGAAGAAGGUGGGAGAGAAGCUGAGUGAAGGAGAUCUGCUGGCUGAGAUCGAGACCGACAAGGCGACCAUCGGCUUUGAGGUGCAGGAGGAGGGAUACUUGGCCAAAAUCAUGGUGGCAGAGGGAACUCGGGAUGUUCCCCUGGGAGUGCCGCUCUGCAUCAUUGUAGAGAAAGAAAGUGACAUCGCCGCCUUCAAGGAUUAUGUAGAAACUGGAGUGACCGAGGUUUCCACACCGGCUCCUGCACCAGCGGCUGCAGCUCCAGCUGCUGCUGCAGCAGCACCCAGUUCUGCUCCCACAGCCGCCGCCCCGGCAGCACCCAGGAAAGGUCGCAUGUUCGCCAGCCCGCUCGCCAAGAAACUCGCCGCCGAGAAAGGAAUUGACCUGGCACAAGUCAGCGGCUCUGGUCCUGAUGGGCGCAUCACCAGGAAAGAUAUUGACAGCUUUGUUCCACCAAAGGCUGCACCCGCCGUAGCUGCUGCUCCAGCUGCAGCCGUAGCUCCGGCUGCUUUUACACCGGCUGCAGCUCCUGCUGCACCAGCUGGGACCUUCACAGACAUCCCGAUCACCAACAUCCGCAAGGUCAUCGCUCAGAGGCUGAUGCAGUCCAAACAGACGAUUCCCCACUAUUAUCUGUCCGUAGAUGUCAACAUGGACCAAGUGCUCGAGCUACGGAAAGAUCUCAAUGCUGAGGUGAAAGCCCAGAAUAUCAAGCUCAGCGUGAAUGACUUCAUCAUCAAAGCCAGCGCUCUGGCCUGCCUCAAGGUACCCGAGUGCAACUCCUCCUGGAUGGAUACGGUCAUCCGCCAGAAUCAUGUGGUGGACCUAAAUGUAGCUGUGAGCACAGCCAGUGGUCUCAUCACGCCCAUAGUCUUCAACGCCCACACCAAGGGACUGGCUGCCAUCAGCUCCGAUGUGUCGGCCCUCGCUGCCAAAGCAAGAGAAGGCAAACUGCAGCCGCACGAGUUCCAGGGAGGUACGUUCACAAUCUCUAAUUUGGGAAUGUUUGGCGUCAAGAACUUCUCUGCGAUAAUCAACCCCCCUCAGGCCUGCAUCCUCGCCGUCGGGGGCUCGGAGAAACGUCUGCUGCCUGCCGAUAACGAGAAAGGGUUUGACGUCGCCAGCAUGAUGUCGGUGACGCUGAGCUGCGACCACCGGGUGGUGGACGGAGCCGUCGGCGCUCAGUGGCUCGCAGAGUUCCGCAAGUUCCUGGAAAAGCCCGUCACCAUGCUGCUGUAAUUGGACUGAACUGCCGUUAAACUGCAGCAACGGGCAGCGGCCUCUCGCGGAAGUGAUCCGAUUGGUCUGAACUGGUCUGGAUCCUCCUGUGAUUGGCCUGCUUGCCACCAGGUCACUCCCAGUUACCCUGACGGGGAAGAGGCAGAACUUACACCGCUCACCUGUCUCUCUCUCUCGCUGUCUCUCUCUCUCUCGCUGUCUGUCCUGUCUGUCUUUCUCUCCUCUCUUACUCAUACACUAUUUAUUGAAGCCCCUUUUCAACAGAACAGAAUUAGGUUUAUUUUAUCCUAGAGUAGAGACCGGUCACAUGUCACUAAAACAUUGAGACUGUUUUCCAAAGGGAAGAGUUACAUGUCCAACCAGCAAACGUAUUUAUCCCAAAAAGUGUGUGUGUGUGUUUCUACACGUUUUAGUCUGAGUUUGUGUGAAUGUGAUAAAGACAAUGAGAAGUGGAGCUCUCUGUUGGUUCCAGUCUUUUGAGUAAAGGGUUGUGAUGUUGGUGGAUGGAGCUAAAUGUAUGUUAACUUUGAGACACAGUUCAGAUCCACACACACACACACGCACACAAACCUGUCCCUGUUCAGUGGCCACACACACACACAAACACAGUUGAAAGGUUGAGUGUGUUUUCUGUUGGUUGAUGCUAGAGUGUGUAUAUAACACAGUGCUGUGUAUAUAUACUGUAAAUAUAUAUAAACGUUGGUGAGUUGUUUGGUUGAACGGAGCUGUGUUGAGGCCUCACCAUAUAACUUAAUAUCUCUAAAGUCCUGAAAGAUAACAAACACUCCUAAAGGAAGGAAUCAACGGUUUUGCCAAUUUAUUGUCUAGUCUCAGACACUUCCCCUUAGAAAUAUUCUAUAUUUCACUGCUGCAACGCACAAAGCUGGUGCUGGAUGUUAUCUGUUUGAAUAAAGUGGAAGAAGUCAAUCUUG